GUAAAAUGGAAGUGUGGGGGGAAAUCAUGUGACCUAGAACCAAGAGGAAGACCAAAAGUGAAGACGCAGCAUGGCAGAUGCAAACAAAGUAAAAAAACCAUAUCCUACUGCCAAUAACGAUGCACCACCAACUGAGCCCCAAGAAUGUGCCAGACUUGAGGUUAUUCAACCAUGCCCUACAAAUGUGCAGAAUGUGCUUCUUAUUGGGCCGCUGGGAAAUUUCAUGCCGAUAGAAUUUAAUCUUCCUUAUUCUGUUAAUAUGCCUAAUGCACUGCCUAUUCCACCGGGAAACUUCUUGCCUGAAAUAAAUCAGCCAAACCCUGCUAAUAUGCAUAAUGCACUGGCUAUAGUUCCAAUGAGAAACUUGAUGCCUGUGCCUAUGGCUCCAUGUUCAGUAUCUCCAGUUCAAGGAGCUAACAAUUUUCGUGAAGCUCCAACAUUUACAACUUGUUCAUUUUGCCAAAGUCAGGUGAGGACAAGAACUGAAUACACAAUUGGAUCUUUAACAGUCAUUCUUUUUUUAAUCAUCAUUUUAUUUGGGUGCUGGUUUGGCUGUUGUCUUAUCCCAUUUUUUGUUCAACACUGUAAAGAUGUGAACCACUUCUGCCCAAACUGCAAUCGUCUUAUUCACCGCUUCAGAAGAUUAACAUAACAAUAAAACUGAAUGGCAGUAAAAAGGAGGACUGAAAAACCUGCAUGGCAGUUGAGGACCUUUGAUUUUUUGUAAGCUGUGAUAGCAAUUUUAGAUCUAAUAUCAGUUCAUCAGGUUUGUAAUUUCUGCUUUUUGUGCAUAUUUUAGGCUUCAUUGCAACCCUAAAGCUAAUGGUACACAUUCAAGGAGUGGAACGCUGCAGAUUGGCUUCUCUUCUCUGGUGUUUUCACACUUGUAUAGAAAAGGACCUAUGUACUAUUAGCUUACGAACUAACAUUGUGCUGUGUUGCCUACUUAUUUCUGAAAGGGAAUUUUACAUGAGAAUAACCAAAAACUAAAAUACAAUAAAACAAAAAAAAAUUGUGAA